AUGAAAGGCUAUUGCUUUUAACCAAGCUCAAAAGAAAUUUUAGAAAAUCUGCAAACUAACUACCAAAGUCCUCAUCUUGAAUUAGUUUCUACAACCCACAGAAUAAUGGCCAUGUCAACAUAUUAGAGACCAAAGACAAUCAAAAGAAACACCACUAUUUCCAUCUUUACAUAAUAAAACGAAAGUGAAUCGACCAGAAAAUCUCAGAGGUGGAUAUUCUUGUUGAAGAAGUAUGUCACUCUUGUGAGAAUAUCAAUUAGCUUUAUAAAUUCCUUAAAAGAAUAUUAGAAGAAAUAGAAAAUAGAAAGACUCGAUUCAAAACAAUGGAAGAAGGAAUCCAUAUUACCAUUUUAUCCUGAUGAUUUUUUCAUUAAAAAAUGGAGGAUAUUCAUUGAAAUUCUAACAUUUUCAAGUGUAAUCUUGUAUCCAAUAUACAUCAGUUUCGAAGUGAAUCAUGUAAUUGAUUUAGUAGUUAUUGCAUUUGAUAUACUCUUCCUGAUAGACAUUGUAUUGAAUUUCCUCACUGGAUACAUUGAUGAAUGCAAUAAUUUAAUAAUUGAUUUUAACUCCAUUUUUAAACAUUACUUAAAAACUUGGCUCCUUUUUGAUGUUUUGUCUGUAUUCCCAGCUAUUAAUUAUGAAAAGGAAUGGUUUAAAAAGUUCAAAAUGAUUAGAGUUCUUAAGUACUUUUUAAAUAACAAAGAAGUCACAUAUAAAGGACAAGAAAAUUACAUUUAAUUUAUCGAGUCUUUGAAUCCUGAACAAGAAUUUAUUUUAAAAAGCGGAACCAAAUACCUUCUAAAUGUGAUGAUAACAACUUGUUUAUUGAUACAUAUAUUUGGGUGUUGGCAGCAUUUCUUCGAUUCGGGAGAUUACAUAACAAAUAUUUACUGGUCAUCCCAAACCAUUACAACUGUUGGUUAUGGUGAUAUCAAAGCUAACUAUGAAUUUGCAGUUUUUUGGAUGAUCGUUGGAGUGGCAUUCUACUCCUUCACUAUUGGAGACUUUGCUUUAAUGAUGUCAAAAUCAAAAGUAAAUGAAGAUCAAGAUCUGUUGUUUUUGAUAGAACAAUUAGGCCACACGUAAAAUUUCCCUGAAAAAUUGAAGCAUAAAUUCUAAUUGUUUGUAAAAAACAAUCUCUAUCAUAAUUAAUUCUGGUUAGUUGAGUAUAAGACUAUGGCCAAAGAACUACCCCAUAAUUUAAGACUAUACCUAACAUUAAGCACUAUGCUUGAUGUGUGUAAAUAAAUUCCAUUGUUUUUAUAUGAUAUCAAUUAUACAUCUUUAUUGUUGUUAAACAUAAGAUAUUUGAUUGUUGAAGAAGGAUUCGUGUUAUAUAGAGAAGGUCAGAGUUCUAGUGAAAUCUUCUUUUUAUUAUAAGGAGAUAUUCGGAUUAUGACAAAAGACAAGACCAUUCUAUUGAAUAUUUUGGAAGGAACAAUUUUUGGAGAGUUUGAAGCCAUCGAAGAGAAAUUAAGAGGAACUUAUUGUGUUGCCUAAAAAAAAUCUAUUUGUUUAGUUAUUCCCUAUAGAAUAUUAAGAAGAGUUAUGUCACAAAGUUAAAUUUUGGAUUUCGAAAUCAGACAGCUGCAUUUAAGAAGAAGGAGACUAAUCAUCAACAAUUUUAUAGAAGAAAGAAGAAGAAAAAAUGCUUAUAAAAGGUAGGAGGUUCGAUUUUAUACAUAAUCCUUUAUACAAAUGACGAAAGAAGAAUAUAUUCUGAAUAAAAAGACAAUCCAGAUAUUAAGUGUCGAAGAAUACAAUAAAUAAUUACUGAAUAAGAUAAUAGGUUAAAAGUUAUAAAGACUGUCCUUAUUUUUGGUCAAAUUCAAAAGAUCUGUUUAAAGAGUAAUUGAAAUGAAUCAUCAAUUAGAUGAAACUAUUCCAGAAUAGUGGAGAGAGUUGAGUAAUUACCAAUUAAUAAAGAGAGUCUUCCCUAAGGAGUAUUUGUCAUAGAAAUUUUAAUAGAUUUCCUUAUCAAGAAAAUCAUCAUCUGUUCAUUCUUCUGGGAGUAAGUUAAGCAAGAUGAAAUAUUCUACUUAUAGUUAACAAUAUUUUUUUCAAAAGCUUCCUGAAAUUAGAUUAAAACACAUUGUUUUACAACAUAUUAGAUUAACUAAAAAUAAAUUCGUGCCAUUAUAAUAAAUAGUUAACAAAUACUCAGAAGAUCCUGAAUAACUUAAUUUAAAGAAAAAGGAAAAUGUUGAACGGUCAGUAUGGACCAAAAAAUUUACAAAGAUUUCUCAAACUGUUAUUUUAAGAAUUGAUCAAAUCUAAGAUAGUGGUGAUAAAUGUCAUGAUAUAAUGUAAUCAAUAAUAAAAAUUGAAAAAUUAUGGUUAAAGGGAUCUAUGUACAAGUUUGAAUGGUUUCAAAAUCAACAUGGAAAACAGAAAGAAUUUUUAAUAUGA